UACACAACUACCGUUGUGACGUCUAUGAGAAAAAUAAUAAAUACAACAUAACCUUAUUCCUUAUUUACCAAAUAAAAUUUUUAUAAAUAAAUUCAUGAUAUUCCUAGGGAACUUCACCUUAUCAUACUAUUUAACAGUGCUGCUGGCUAUAGUUGCAGUGAUUGGUGAUUAUGUAGUUGUUCAUUCUAAUAUACAUGUAUAUCAAGCGAUAUUUGAUAAUGCCACACAUGCCGUUAUUGGUGGACUAUCUUGGUGUAUAGUAUAUUUAAAAAACAAACCCGAAAACUCCCUUUCGGCGGUCCUGGAAAUUGCUGCUUGUACAGUUAUGUCUUCUUUCAUAGACAUAGAUCACUUUUUUGCAGCUAGAUCCUUUCAGUUAAAGGAUGCAAUCAGUUUGAAAAAUAGACCACCCUUGCAUUGCUCCACUUUUCCUUUAUCCAUCUGCGUUUUAAUGUUACUUGUAAGUUAUAUUUUACAAUCAUGGAAUCUGGAGCGUAUCACUUUACUUAUUUUAACCGCCUUCUUGAGUCACCAUACUCGGGAUGCAACAAGAAGGGGAUACUGGUUUUUUCCAUAUGGAUCCACACCACCAAUACCUUAUGGACUGUACAUAAUUUUAACAUGCUGCAUACCAUAUUUAGUACUUUAUUUACAUGACUUUGUUAAUAUUACUCACAAAAAAAUUGUACACCAUUCUGUGAUACAAUAUACAUAAUGAAAGUGCAA